AUGUCACUCAAGCUCAAGAGAAAAAGGACCAAGUUUCAUAUUUCUGCACCAAAGCUAAAGUUGAAAGAUAACGAGGGAACGGAUGAAACAACAAUUCCACUUCUGGAGGCCAUUAACACCUCAGUCAAUACCAGUACUGCCUUGACUCCCCCUCCCGUUGCUCCUAUUCCUGAUGAGUUUAUGAACAAGACACCUUUUGUGGGGCUGACUGAUGACACUAGUGAAGGAAGUAAGGUAGAGGACACAUUAAAUGGAGGAAGUGUGAAAAUGAAGAAGAAAGACAAAAGGAAGCAACGACAUGAGAAAUGGAUGAAAAAGAUAAAUGCAUGUUAUAAAGCAAGGGAACUAGCUAAAGCAACAUUGAAAAGAAGGAAGACCCCAGUUGUUGGUGAUCUUCGGCCAUUACUGUCAGCUCUGCCUGACGUUGACUUAGAUACAAACGCUGCAAGAGGAUCUACCACAGCACCAAAGAAUAAAAAAGGAAAGAAAAAUAAGAAGCAAAAUACAGCGUACCAAGAGAGAGAAGUGUUUCAGCAAGUCCUUUCUCAUCCGAAAUAUAAAGCAGAUCCACUAGGAACGAUAUCACUGCACAUACAGAAUGCAGCUGCUUUGCAAAGACUAUGA